GUCUGUUAAUUUCUUGGCUGCAGUCCCCAUCUGUGGUGAUCUUGGAGCCCAGGAAAAUAAAAUCUGUCACUAUCUCCAUUUCUUUGGAUAUUUGCUAGGAAUUGAGAGGACCGGUUGCCAUGAUCUUAGUUUUCUUCAUGUUGAGUUUCAAGCCAACUUUUGCACUCUCCUUCUUCACCGCAUCAAGAGGCUCUUUAGCUCCUCUUCACGUUCUGCCAUUAGAAUGGGUAUCAUCUGCAUAUUUGAGGUUGUUGACAUUUCUUAUUUUUCAUUGAAGAGAAAGACAGACAUAGCGUUCUGGUGUAGUGAUUUAAUCCAACAACUUAGCUGUUGCUUCCUGCAAACCUAUAGACUUCUAAUUAUUGACUUGGUGUUUAUAAUGUGCACGUUGAAGUUUAAAGGUGAGGGUCACUGUGAGAUAGAAAAAACAAAUAUUAGCUAUUGAUUUAAAAGUAUAUAAGGAGCCGUAAAGAUCUUUCCUGGCCUUGUUCUCCCACCUUGGCUCCAGUUGCCAUCUUCUCUUAUUCUUCAAAUGUUUCCAAAAUGUCUCUUUUGAUUUCCUUCUUCAUCGGCCUUCAGAUGCUUCCCUUGGUGGUUGCUUCUCCGCCUUUUCACUUUCUUCCCCCAAUGUGCAAUUCUUCGGAGGUAAAGGAUGCCGCGGAAGUGGCUCUAAACAAACUCAACGCGCAUCGGAAAGAAGGCUAUGUUCUUGGCCUCCAGCGCAUUUUUGAUGUCCAUGAAAUACUCCAGUGGAUGGGUGGCUCCCUUUUCUACAUCACUUUGGAUGUAUUAGAAACUGAAUGCCACGUCCAGAGCAGAAAAUUGUGGAAAGAGUGCAAAAUUAGAGAUGCGCAUGAAACAGUCUACGGCCAAUGCAAAGUCAUAAUUCAUUUCAACAAGAAUUCAAAUCAUUCACAAUUGUACAGUUAUGACUGUGUUUUACGCCCACUUUCUUCAGCUGCUAUGGCAAAAAUCUGCCCUGAUUGUCCAACCCCUGGAGAUCCUUCUGAAGCCAUUUUUUGGGAAACAGCCGCUGAGAGCCUGGCCAAAUUCAAUGCGGAAAGCAACCAUCUUCAUUAUUUCACCAUCCUCAAUGUCACCAAAGCAAGAUCACAGUGGGUGAUUGGCCCUUCCAACUUUGUGGAGUACACCAUCCAAGAGACCUCUUGUCCCAAAAGCCAGCCGAUGCCUGUCAUCACUAAGUGUCCUCUUCUCCCACCCAAUACUGCAGAGGCAGGCCUAUGCAAAGGUUCUGUGGUAAACAGUAGGAUUGAAAAUCGGAAAUUUGUCACUGUAAAAUGCCAUUUCUUCCCACACCUGCCACUGGUUAGAGAUGAACAGUCUCCACAAUCUGGGUCUGGACCAGGGCAGGAGAAAGAUCAUGCUGAUGGUAAAAGACACAGAAACCAUGACGAAGAGAACAGACACCAUCAUCACCACUCCCAUCAGCAUCACCAUCACCACCACAAACACCAUGGACAUAAGCAUGAAGACCAGGAGUCACGCUAUCCUCACCGCUCAGCUAACAUCACUAAGACACUAAAAGGCCAGAAGGAAAUCUGGGGGCGGGUGGUCAUUUCUCCCCCUUCAAGCAAGCAUGUCUCGCUACAUUCCUUACCAGAAGUCCAGGAGCCCAAACCAACCUCUAAAUCCAGUUUGACUUCUCCAGAACAGGAGGCCAGUCCUCAGUCACUACAGUCACCCAGGCCAGCCAUUCCUCCCUUCCCCAGUGGGUUUUCGGAAUCACCAUCGUGCCCAGGGGACCUGGCAAUAGAGAUCUAUGGCCUUCAACUGCCUUUGCCCUCAUAGGCCAAAACUUCACUAAAACUGAAUGGCAUGCUCGUACAAUACCGAAAUCUAGUAGGAAUUCAUAAAAUCUCCCCAUACAAGCAGAACCUUCUUGGUUUCCAUGUUUGCUAGCUUAAUGUUUCAUAACAUACUAAAAAAAAAGUUUUAAUUAACUUGAAAAUACGAAGGAAUUUUGACUAAUUGCAUGGAUCUUUCCACUAAGUAACCUCUCUCCCGCUGCUUUCCUCAUUUUAUACUAGUCCUUAUUCCCAAAUAUUUAUGUCUCAUUCUAGGAGGUAGAGCCGCGGUGGCUCAGUGGCUGAGCCGCAGAGCUUGCUGAUCAGAAAUGUCGGCAGUUUGGAGGUUUGAAUCCAUAG